CCGAAGAAAAAAGUAUUUUAACAAAACCGGACAUCAGAGGGGCGCGAGUUCUCUCGUCGCAGCUCCGUCGGCCGACAGCUGAUGUUACUAGGGCGCUGAUGACGCACAGCCGGUUGAUCAUUCGUCCGUGCUCCGGGGUUGUGGAAUCUGGAGAAAUGGAAGGAAUUGGAAGAUUUCGUACUGUGUUGUGAUAGAUGCUAUGCGCCAGUUCUUGAGCUUUAGCUUUUACAGGCUAUUUAGCCAUUGAGUGAAUUGAUAAAUCAGGGAAUAGCAGCUUCUUGUUGUUAAAGAUGGCAUGUAUCAAAGCUGCAAAAUAGAUGGAAGAGAAAUUUCCCUCCCGUCAUCAAAGCAAUGUUGAUGUUUAUAUGGCGAAAAGCCAUCCCCCUAAAUUCCAGCCACUCUUCAACAUUAUUGAGAUCAAUAUCCUUCUCGCAGUCGUCUUCUUCUUCCUCUUCUACAUUGUCUCCAUCCGAUUCAUGCAUUAUCAACACCAUUCUCAAUUGCAGAACCCAUAUGGAGGCACUAUGGUACUUCAACAAUGCUUCCAGGCAAAUUAAUGCAGCUAGGAAUCCCCAGGUUUAUGCUGCUAUGAUUCACAUCUUAGCAGGGGCUAAGCAGUAUAGUGAGGCCAGUUGCUUGACAAAACACCUCUUUCGUAAGCUCCAAGAGUCACGAAAACCCCACAGUGCAUGCUGUCUCCUCUUUGACAUUCUCUUUCAGCUGAAGAGUUCUAAAUUCAGCACUGAUGUGUUUGGAGUUUUAAUUGUUGCCUUUUGCAAGAUGGGUAUUGUUGAGGAAGCCUUGUGGGUGUAUAAACAGAUGAGAAUGUUGCCUAUGUUGCAGGCUUGCAAUGCACUUUUACAUGGGUUGGUCAAGAUAGAAAGAUUUGAUUGCGUGUGGACGUUUUAUGAGGACAUGGUGUCUCUUGGUUUUUCUCCAACCGUUAUUACGUAUGGCAUAUUAAUCCAUUGUUCUUGCACACAAGGUGACACAAUCAAAGCGCACAAGUUGUUUGAUGAAAUGGUGGAGAGGCAGAUUGAACCGACUGUUGUGAUAUACACUAUUCUUAUACGUGCCCUUUGCAAUGAGGGUAGACUGGCAAAAGCAGAGGACGUGUUUAAGUUGAUGAGAGGAUCUGGUGUAGUUCCAAAUUCGUACACUUACAAUACUCUAAUGGAUGGUUAUGGCAAGAUUGCUAAUGCUAAACGAGCUUUUGAUUUGUUUCAGGACAUGCUUCAUCAUGGCUUACACCCAGAUGUUGUGACAUUUGCUAUACUGAUAGAUGUUCUGUGCAAAAUGGGUAAAAUGAAAGCUGCCCAAAACUGUUUUGCUUCUGUGGCAAAACUUGGCAUUGUUCCUAAUGCCUAUACUUAUAAUUCCUUAAUUGAUGGGUGCUGCAAGGCUGGGAACUUGGAUGAAGCAAUGCGAUUACAAAUAGAAAUGGAAAGGUUUGAAGUUUUGGCAGAUGUGUUCACAUAUAGUAUACUUAUCAAGGGUCUGAGUGACUCAGGUAGAUUGAAAGAAGCUAAUGAAAUAUUGCAGAAAAUGGAGAAAGCAGGGGUGCGUGCAAAUUCCGUGACAUACAAUACAAUCAUUGAUGGACACUGUAAAGAGGGCAAUGUGGAGAUGGCCAUUAAGGUGUGUUCUCAAAUGACUGAAAGAAAAAUAGAACCAAAUAUCAUCACAUUUUCUACAUUAAUUGAUGGGUUUUGCAAGAUAAGAAACGUAAAUUCUGCAAUGGGUUUGUACACAGAAAUGGUAAUCAAAGGUAUUGUGCCUGAUGUGGUUGCUUACACGGCAUUAAUUGAUGGGCAUUGCAAGGAUGGAAACAUAGAAGGGGCUUUCAGGCUGUACAAGGAGAUGUUAGAUGCAGGAUUCACACCCAAUGUAGUUACAGUUUGUUGUUUAAUUGAUAGCCUUUUUAAAGAGGGAAGGACUUCUGAUGCAAUUAAACUAUUCUUGGAGAGAACAGGAGCUACCUGCUCUGGAGAUCAUAUGGAUAAAUUGGAUGAGGAUAAUGGCAUACUUGCCCCAAACAGCGUGAUGUACGCCAUCAUAAUUCAAGGUUUGUGUAAGGAUGGACAGAUCUUUAAGGCCACUAAGUUUUUUGCAGAUAUGAGAUAUUGUGGUUUGCAACCGGACAUGCUAGUUUAUGCCAACAUGCUGGAGGCACAUUUCCGGUCCAAGCAUAUGCUAGAUGUGAUGUUGCUGCAUGCGGAUAUGCUCAAAUUGGGUGUCAUGGGAAAUACUUUGAUUCAUCGUGUAUUGCUUAGGGGCUAUCAAACAAGUGGAUAUUUGAAGUCAGCUCGUAUGUGCUAUGAGAAUUUAAUGGAAUAUGGUAUUCACUGAUCUUGGAAGCAGUAGCUUGUGCUGAAACAUGAAAUUCUGGGCAAUGAUCCAUUUCGAGAUAUUAAGACAUGCAAUAUGCUUCAUGGGCGAAAAAUAGAUUAGUUAGAAGGAAGAUUUAACAAUUUCUUCAAUUAGUCAUUAUCGGAACUUAAGCAUUUGGUGCUGCUGGAGAUGAAUAUUUCGAUGCUGUUUAUAUCUUAAACAUUGCUCCAAGAUCAUGGACAGAAAUAUUCAUCCCGAGCGUUGGGAAGAUGCCCAUCCUCGUUUCUGAAUUUCAGUUUGUGACAGGGAUCAUGUCAUUCUACAGGUAGGCUCUUCUUGGGAGUAAACAAAAUGACGAGAAGGAUAGUUUAUUUAGGAACUUAUGUCUGACUCUUGGAUACAAGGAUAAAUUUAAUUACAUGAUCUAUUGACGAGUAAA